AUGGCAGAUUCCGGCGGAGCAGGCUCUGGGCCAGGCGGUGGAUCAAAUCCAGGACCGAACUCGGCCUCCAGCUCCGAAUCACAAACAUCUACGGCCAGCACGACGUCCACGGCCUCGUCCAGCGCCUCGUCCGGCACCUCGACCGCCGUGCCCCUCGAGCUCGUCGGGCCCGAGGAGCUCAGCUUCGUGCCGCGCUUCGGCCGGUCCGCCUUCCAGGUGGUGCUGAACACGACGUCCUUCGGCUCCAUCAUCUCGCAGCUGGACGACGUCGCGAACUCGGCGGCGGCGCAGGCCAGCGCGCAGCAGCCGCCGCCCAUCUCGCUCCUGGAGACGGGUUGCUUCACCAACUCGAGCGCCGGCAACGGGCUGCGCGCCGGCGAGGGCUGGCGUGACUGCGUCGAGGCCUGCUCGACCCCGGCGUCCAUGUUCAACUCGAGCUUCACGUUCUGGAACUGCCUGACGAUCGGCGCUGUCGCGCUGUAUGCGCAAACUGAUGGCAUGGUGUUGGACUCGGCGAAGGUGGCGUCUGUGGGCCAGGGCCUGGGCUUCAGCAGCCUGGACGAGUUCAACAGCACCCAGAUACUGUCAAAUACGGUCAACUGCAUCAAGGGCUCUUGCCAGGAUUAUAGUCUUGGGUCGUGCACGGAUAACAUUACCACUCUGGAUAUCAGCGGAUCCCAGGACAAGGUGGUUGAUUUGUUCAGCGCCCUGCAGGGGUAUUGUGACGGCGAGGAAAGUGUCGUGAAUUCGGACAUUGCUGGCCCCGGUGUCGUACUCUCAUAUAUCCUGCAGGCCACGCUGGCAAUCGCCGUCUAUGUCUUUGUCAAUCUUUUCACCAGCUGGCUGCACCCUAUUCUCUCACUCAUUUAUACCAUCCAAGACCGCCUGUUACCGGCCCGACCAGCUCGGACGACGGAUGACUCGUUCGUCGGCCUUCAGCAACGACAGACGCCAUGGCAGCGAGCAGGCGAACAUCAAGCAAACCUCUCCAGAUCGCGCCCGGCGGCAGCGUUGACUUCCGCCCUGGUCGAGUUUCAGGAAGUGCAAGGCUUCUUCGUGGCAUCGAUACAAUUCGCCACGCUGCUCGUUUUCGCCGCAGACGACCAAUCCGCCAUGCUGAGCAGCACCAGCUCUUUCGGUGAGGCGGUGCUCAACGUGGAGGUUGUCCAGAUGUUAUCGAUCAAUGGAGUGUUGCCCGUUCUUUUCAUCCAAAUCGGGCUGAUGCGCCUGGGUGUGCGUUGGUGGUACAUGACGUCCAUUGUCGUGGGAGUUUUCAUCCUGUCCAUGGUCAUCGCAACCAGGAAUCUCAUGCCAGACUACAAUACCCUCUGGGCUUACUUUAAGGAGUCAGGGUCGAUUGAGAUGUGCGGUGGGAACCCGUCUCCCAUGACGUACUGCCUUACUUCCGUGGACAGGCUGAAUGGCGCGCUGGAGAGCAUGAAUACUGGUCUGAUCCUGGGUUGCGUGACUGUCUCAGUGCUGGUUUUGGAUCAAAUCUGGCACUCUUUGAACCGCAACCGCAGGUUGGACGAUGUUCUCGAUGAGUGGGAACUUUCUAGCGCCCGGGGAAUGUUCUUCAGGCGGCGGGUCUGGCCAGUAUUCAUGGCGUUGCUGUGGUUCUGUCUGGAGUUCGGCCUGCUGAUAUACGUCGGGAUCUACCUCAAAGCCGUCAUUGUUGUUCUCUCAAUCGUCGGUACGAGCGCAUCGAACUGGACGUACGGGCAGUUGAUCGCAGUAAUGGUGUGGGCGCCAGUUAUUGGCAAGUAUGUCUAUUUCAACAUCUUUGGCAUCACAGAAGGGGUUGGCAAGCGCCUGGCGAACAGAUACAAGGUCAUUGAGGUUGAUCCGGAUGACGAUGAUUUUCACAAACCAGGAUCGAGCGGUUUCGUCAAGCAGGAGGACGAUAUCGAACUGUUCGGCCCCCGGAAGGACACUUUCAGGCAUUUCAGUCGCGAGGACACUCUCGUGGCGACCAUGUCCCCUUCCGUGACGACGGUAAAUCUAUCGGGGAAAGAGGAGUAUGGGAGAAAGAACAACCCUUUCGACGGCUAUGUCAAGCGAAGGCAUCGCAGUGCUGGCGCAGAUGAUUUGCCUGGAGAUGGCAAAUUUAGUAAUGUUUAG